AUGACAAACUACGACUCCCACGACUCCUACUCGGCGCCGUACGCGCGGCUUGGCCAGGGACAUGCGCCGGGUGCCGUGCGAGGCCCACACCACAAUGCCCGCGGCACCAGAAGCGCCAGUCGCAGUGGAACAGCCGCUGCGUCUGGACCGCAUUCCAUCUCCAAGGACCACGCACAAGCACAAGGACGAGGACAAGCUGGUCUCCAUCUGGGAAAAUCCAUUGCCGGGAGCCCGAAGGACCCCCAAACUGGAAAUGCUGCUGCUGCUGCCGCCCUAUCCUUCUUUGCCAACACACUGGACACCAUAAUUCCAUGCAUCGGCCAUGGCAUGUGA